AUGGCUGCUACGACGGCGACCAAGACCGCCAGCACGGUCAGCAAGAAGCCGCCCAGCAAAGCAGCAAUCAAGCAAGCUGGAGUCAGUUUACGGUCCGGAGGCGACAACAACCCGAAUCCAAUCCAACAUGGCGGCAUGGGACAAGCAGAGCGAGCCUUCUCGGCGGCAUCGACAUUUCUGUCAGGCAUCAUGGCUAUUUCAGCCUCGCAGUUCAUCGGAGCACCACUCAAGCUCAUCGAUCCAAAAUUCUAUGAAGCCUACAUGGCCUGGACGAAAGAAUCGUUUGCCGUGUUGAUGACUACCAUCACUCAGUGGUGGGCGCCGACUGUUGUUCGUGUCAGUGGUGAUGAGAGCAUGAAAGACCAACUGUAUGUGAUGGAUGACGGGACUCUCAAAUGCAACUUUCCCCAUCGGCUCAUCCUCAUGGGCAACCAUCAACUAUACACGGACUGGCUUUAUCUAUGGUGGAUCGCCUACACGAACAAGAUGCAUGGCCGAAUCUACAUCAUCUUGAAGGAGAGCUUGAAAUCAGUCCCAAUCAUUGGAUGGGGUAUGCAGUUUUACAACUUUAUUUUCCUGAGCCGGAAGUGGGAACAGGAUCGAUACAUGUUUAAGAAGCAUCUGGACCAUCUGAAGAACCCCAAAGAUCCGAUGUGGCUGCUCAUCUUCCCCGAGGGUACCAACUUGUCAGCGGUAACGAGGGAGAAAUCGGCAAAGUGGUCGGAGAAGACUGGAAUCCCAGACAUGAAGCAUCAACUAUUACCACGCUCCACUGGGCUGCAGUUCUGCCUGAAGGAGAUGCGAGGCUCCACGAACUGGUUGUACGAUUGUACCAUCGCCUAUGAGGGAGUACCCAAGGGCAUGUAUGGUCAAGACAUUUUCACCCUGAAGUCGUCGUUUUUCGAAGGCCGGCCGCCCAAGUCGGUCAACAUGUUCUGGCGUCGUUUCAAGAUCUCUGAGAUACCUUACCAAGACGAAGACCAGUUCAGCCGCUGGCUUCUCAAUCGAUGGCGCGAGAAAGACUACAUUCUCGAGUACUACUAUAAAUUUGGCAGUUUCCCAGAUGAGGAGCCAACGAAAGCUUUGUUAGCUACGGAAGGCAAGAGGAAACCAAAUCAUGCCAAGUCGAUAUCGACGUCUGUCAAGGGUGGAGGCUGGGACGAGUUCUUGAGCAUAUUUGGACCCAUCACUACAGCAGCUGGGGCUCUAUCAAACGUCGACAUGACAGAGCCCUUCAAUUUUGACGAUAUGAUGCGGAAGGUCGCACAAUCACAGCAAUUCAAUUUGCUCACGCUUGGCAAAUCGCCACUGGGAGCAGCAUCACAAGAGACGAUCAAAAAGGCACUACUGGCAGCCAACAAGCAGAACCCAUUACCGACAAGUGUGAUCAACCAGUUGUUGAAGACGGCACCAGCAACGCAGGGUCAGAUGAAGCAAGCACUGCAAAAGUCAGGCAAUCCUGAUGUUGCAAAGAAGGCGGCAAAGGCGCCAGGGUCAGACAAGGCGAUGCCGAAUGACCAGAAGAAAGAGCUGUCGAAAGCUGGCGGUCAAGCCGUCAAGAUGGUGUCGGAUCUCCAGAAGAGCAGCCCUCCCAGCUCAACACCCGUCGAUAAGGUCAAACGUGAGAUCCCUCUGGCCAAUCUUGAGAGCAUGAUAACGAGGCCAAUAAGUACGAUGGCGAUUCACACCGUCGGGCAAGGAGUGAGAGACCUCGCAGCCGCGCGGGCUGGAAAGAAGAACCCAGCAGCAAAUGCAAACGGCAAGCCGCAACCGCCUAGAAAACCAUCGACGCCGCCCGCGAAGACACCUCUCACGGCUAAGAAUCUUCGCAACGUACCUCAAAAGCCCAUCACCAUUGCGAGAACGUCGCUGCCGCCGUCUGUCAGGCCCAAGGCUGCCUCUAUCAAAAGUGCUCCAGUGGGAGGAGUGAAGAAGCUCGGAGGAACGAUUGUGUCGGCACCGCCAGCGAAGAGACCACCCGCUGCGAAGAACUCCAAACCGUUGGGAACGCAGAAGUAUGUGAAUGGGAGACCGGUAUGA